GGGAAACACUGUAAAAUGAGAUUAUUAUAUUGCGGUAAAAAGUUAUUAGUAUGUUGAAAAGAUGGCUUUGGUGAAUAUUUUUUUUCUACAAGAAAAUGACAGAUCUACUUUUGUCUCAACAGGCCUGAAAUUACCAUUAUAAACUUAAUUUUAAUUUUUUUUUUUUGUGACAGUCUCACUAUGUAGUUCUGGCUCACUUGGAACUUGAAACUCGCUAUGUAGAUUGGGCUAGCCUCAAAUAAACCCUUUUAUUCCCUAUGUAUUCAGGAAAAACCAGAUAAUUAUUUCUCUCUUCUCCCGGCUAUCUAGACCCUUGCCUUUCUUGGCUGCGGCCUGGCGAACUUGGCUAAUAUGACGGGCCGACACACAGCCAUGGGCUUGAGUACAUGUGAUUCUCUAUGCCACAUCAGUGGAGAAGCUGGAGGAUGUGGCCGCGUGGCCGUGAGGAAGGAAACACAUUGGAGCCUCUUCCUGGCUCAGGUUCCCCUGUGCCCUUGCCUUCAGCUCACCAUGCCCCCACCUCAGUGCAGAGCAGGAGAUGGGACUGGCAAGUGCAGCUAAGCUUCCUGACUAUUGAGGGGCUCACUGAGCAGGGAGGCUGAGUGAGCAAGGGCAAUUGCUGCACCAUGUACAUAGAAUACACAUAGAACACCCGCGCGACAGUGCUCGCCAGAGAGCUUCCUGGAGGAGCUGAGGUGUUGAUGCAGAUGGAGACCCUUUCGAGCCUUCAAAAGCUUUGCAUUUUAAGUCCCCCCCCCCAUUUUUCCCUUGCAGUGCUGUCUGUCCAACUCGGGAUUCUGGAACCCCCGAUCGCCUUGCCUUGGUUUCCACAGCCCAGUUCCAGAACUUUCCCACCACCCUCAGGUCCAACAGGAGCAGCUAAAGAUUCGACAGAAGACUCAAUAACGGACGAAGAGAAGAGGAGAAACUAUGGCGGAGUGUACGUUGGUCUGCCUUCUGAAGCUGCCAGUAUGGUGUCUAGUCAAGCAAAGACAGUACGGAAAAAUUAGAGGAAGAUAACAUGAUAUCUGGACAGUCAAGAGCCCGCACAUGAAUUUGGAAGGAAUUAGGCUCCGGGGACAUUGUAUCUUCAAACAAAUCCUGCAAGAUUGUCCCCUGCUGUGCCACCUCUCCCAGAUCCUUAGUGUGUAGUGAAAGCCUUGGGUACACACUGUGCGUUGUGGCCGCAGAAGGAAACUGGUAGACUUGGUGCUCACUGGGGGAACUCUGCGUCACCACCAGUGAGGGAGCCCUAAGGCUGUCGCCACCCAGCCUGGGCCACCAUUCCACCCAGUUCACAGAAGUCCUGUCUUUUCACUGAUACUCUUUUGAUAGUUUUUAUAUAACGCAAUCCUUACUGUAUUUAUAACCUGGUAUUAGAGUAUAAAGGAAUUACCUGAAGUAA